AUGUCGCGCCUCCUCCCCCUCCGCCACGCCCUCCCGCGCACCCUCUCCCGCACCACCACCCCACGAACACCACCCCGAACCCCAACGUCAUCACCAUCCGCGCGCCUCGCAUCCUCCUUCCUCCAAACCGGCCCCUCCCCGCCGCGCCUCCCCGCCGACCAACAAGCCGAGUUCGAGCGCCUGCAACGCGCCGCCGAAGCCGCGCUCUCCUCCCACACCACCAUCCCCGCCUCCGCCAGCUCCGCCUCCGCUCCCCCUUCCGACCCGCUCACCACCUCGCGCCACGUCUCCACCCCCUCCGGAGCCCAAACUCAAAACUCAAACACAAACAGAAGCGACUGCGACUGCGGCGGGGACGGGGAUAGAAGAGCUGGGCCCGAGCGCGGGCAGUUUCAGCGGCGGGAUGCGCAAGGGCGCGCCGCCCGAGUUUGCCGGCGACAAGAACCCGGCGACGGGCGAGGUGGGCGGGCCGAAGAAUGA